AUGACGCAUUUUCUCAUUAUUGGUGUCUUGUACAUCGCAAGUGUAGCUGCUUCUGUUUCGAGACAGAUCCAACUUGGAGACCUUGAAUACUUCAUUCCUCCUGAACCAGCAUGGAAACUAAAAGACUGGAACGUCUCCGCUCACAAUGACGAGUUUACACCUCUCACCGUCGUCGGACUGAGCGGGCUUCCAGCUGAUGGACGUAUCGAUCUUGCUGCUAAAGCGUACGAGAAAGAUGAUGUGUGGACAAAACAUUUCACUCAAGACUCUGAUGAAGCCCACAACGUUUCGUCGGAGUAUAACGUCUCAGCAAUAUACACCGGCACCGAAUCAAUUCCCCCUGGUCCAUACUUUGUCCAUCGUUAUACGGGCGAUGUUUAUCGAGCUUAUCGGUUAUACGUGGAUACUUCUCAAGCUUUUAUCCAAUCAACUUAUCAAGACCCCAAUGGGACUCAUCACCCACUCCGCGCAGGAAUUCAAUCCGCAGCAGGUCUGACCAUUGCUGUCCCAUCCCGCCUGUACUUCACCCGUACUAAAAAACAACCACUCGCCGGUCUUCGUAUCGGCAUAAAAGACCUCUUCGACAUGAAAGGAGUCAAAACCAGCUUCGGCAGUAAAGCAUGGUACGACAUGAGCAAGAUCAAGACAGAAACAGCCAUCGCAGUCCAGAAACUCAUCGACGCUGGUGCUAUCAUCGUCGGCAAGAAUAAACUCUCAGAGUUUGCUUUUGCUGGCAUGUUUGUCACAGAGCACAUCGACUAUCUCCUCCCGGUUAAUCCUAGAGGGGAUGGGUACCAGUCUCCUAGUGAUAGCUCUGGUGGCUCCGCUGCGGCUGUUGCAUCAUACGACUGGCUUGAUGCGAGCUUGGGAAGUGACACUGGUGGUAGUAUACGUGGUCCUGCUUCUACGAAUGGUGUUCAUGGGGGUCGUCCAACGCAAGAUGCCGUCAAUCUUACUGGAGCUUUGCCUUUGUCUGUAUCCAUGGAUACAGCCGGGAUACUUGUCCGCGAUCCUCGGAUGUGGGCAAGGAUCAACAAAGUUCUUUAUGACGAUGAGUUGGAAGACUAUGAUGAACUUCCAUCGGAGAUCUUUGUUGAUCCAUCAACAAAGUCUGAGAUCCAAGACUUGGAGCGAAAGUCUACUCAAGCAGCAGAAGCUGUACAAGGCGUCUUAGAUGGACUGUCAAAGAUUCUGUCAGCAAAACCUGAGGCUAUCGACGUCGACACUCUUUGGAGCAAUUCAACGCCAAAGGAAUACAAUGGUACAAGUCUGGGUGAAGCAGUGGGUUUAUUAUACAGCAAACUCACAAGAUGGGAACAAUGGAGCGAGAUUGGGAAGGACUUUAUUGAAGACUAUCAGAAUUCACACAAUGGAUCCCUUCCUUAUGUCGUUGACGGUACUCGUCAAGGGUGGCUUGAUGUUAACGAGACCUAUACUGAAAAGCUACAUGAGGAGGAUUUGGAGUUGAAGAAUACUAUUGAGGAUUGGGUGGACAAGGAACUUCUAACUCCAGACACGAAAUCCUGCUCAAAGGGUAUCUACAUCUACGUUUCUGUCGCUGGCAUGCUUUACAAGCCAGAUAUAGCCCAAAACCCCUUCAACCCCUCCAUUCGAGGCCUCAUGGAUGAGAUCUCCGAUCAAAAAGCUACAAUUGCGAGACUCAACACAACUGUCAAUUGUAAUUCGACGCUUGGGUCGGAAAAGGCUUGUGAAGAGUCAACAGAGUCCAAAACACCCUCUGCGACACAUAUUCCUGUAUUUCCAGGUCGACUGGCCUCGGUGGCGGGUAUCCCAGACUACUCUAUUUCUCUGGCAAUGACCAGUGGUCCCCAUCACUACAGUCUUUCCGAGUCAACGCUACAAAUCGGUACCGCCCUAUAUAAAUGUGUUACGAGUCGACAAGUCGCCCCAGAUGAUCUCCAUAUGAUGAAGAUGCGUAACACCCUCGGAGAACUGAUGCGCGAGUUGAAGUCGAAUCAGCUGACUAGGGGGCUUUUUUCUGCGCAAUGA